UUUUUCUUCUGUCACGUUCAUCAACAAUUGCUUGCAACUCUACGAAUUUCCAAGGGCAUUGUUGGAAUUCCGACCCCACUGGUUAACAAGCUUAUUAUUAUAGGUUGUUUAAGAGCUUGACAAGGCCUCUAAACCUCUCUUCUCUUGUGUGGAGGCAACUUGUAUCUCCAAUUCAUGGCUGCUACUACCUCCACCACCUGCACUAGCUUAUUCAAUCUCCGGCCAGCUUCGGAUGAGCCCAGGGCCCGAACCUCAUCCACCCAUGCCUCACCCGGGUGCGGAAAGCUCGAUGGGGUGGCUAUGUGGUUCAUCAAUGGUGUUGCAGCUGCUUUUUUCGCCUCCCUUGAACGGUGUUCUUGUAUCCGCAUCGCCACUGAAGAUGACUGUGAUGAUGCCAACGACUUGCCCUUGAUCUUCAACGAUGGAAAUCUCCGGCACGAUGGCGGCUCCGGUAGCCGGAGGAGGAGAGCUAAAGGGAAGAAAGGAGGAGGGCUUGUUGAUCAGGAGUAAAUGGAUGAUUAAGUAAAACUGAUGUUCAUUUUGGUAAGUUACGUAUAAAUAUAUUCUGGGGUUUCUGGACCUGUGAAGUUUGUUGGGUUUAUUGGCAUUGCAAGGACGAAAAGCGAUGCAAAAAACCAAAAACAGCUAUGUUUACUGGCUUGAAUUCUCUGUUAUUGAUAUGAAAUCGCAACGAGUUAUCUUUUUUUUUUUUUCUUUCCA